UUUGCGUUCAUUAACAAUAGUUUUGUGUUGGCUUGCAAGAAGUUUUACGUUCUCUCACAAUAGUUUGCGUUCCUUUACAAUAGUUUUGCAUUCCCUCAUAGUAGAUUUUGUGUUUUCAAUAGAUUUGCAUUCGUUUGCAAUAGUUUGUGUUCCCUCAUAGUAAGUUUUGCGUUCUCUUACAAUAGUUUGUGUUUCCUCGCAAUAGGUUUGUCAUUCCCUCACAGUAAGCUUUGCGAUCCUUUACAAAAGUUUUGUGUUCCAAUACAAUAAAUUUUGCAUUUACAAUAGUUGUGUGUUCGCAAUAGUUUGCGUUCCCUUAUAGUAAGUUUUGCGUUCCCUUACAAUAAUUUGGGUUUCCUCGCAAUAUGUUUUUCAUUCCCUCACAGUAAGUUUUGCAUUCCCUUACAAAAAGUUUUGCAUUCCCUCACAGUAAGUUUUGCAUUCCUUUACAAUAGUUUUGCGUUUGAUGACAGUAGUUUGCAUUCCCUUACAAUACAUUUUUUGUUUGCUCACAAUAAAUUUUGUUUGUUCGCAAUAAAUUUAGCAUUCCCUUGUAAAAAGUUUCUUUCUCUUGCAAUAAGUUUGCCGUUUCCUUGCAAUAUUUUGCUUCCCUCGCAAUAGCUUUAUCCAUCCAUCAUGAAACUAACCACAGUUUUACUACGGUGACCAUAUUUUAACCAUGUUAUUUAUAGUUAAACUAUAGUAAUACUACAGGAAAACCAAAACUCUGGUAUAAAAUUCAUCAUUCUGAUAAAAAACACUACAGUAACAAAAACAAAAACAAAAAAAAAGCCCUUACAAAAAUUAACCAUAUUGUAAAAUUGUGGCAGCCAUGUUUUUUGGCAAAAUGAGAAUUUUAUUGCCAUAGUUUUGGUUUUCCUAUGGUUUUAGUACAAAUAUAAUGGUUUAAAUAUGGUAACUUGAGUAAAACUACUGUAAAAUGUUGCAGUUAGUGUGGUUUUACGACAAAUACCAUAGUUGAGCUAUGGUUAAUGCAGUUAAACCAUGGUUCAUUUUCAUAACAGAUAAAGCUAUUUGUGAGAGAACCCAAAAUAAUUGAGAGGGAAUGCAAAAAUAUUGUAAGGGAAUUCAAAGCUAUUUAAUAAAAAAACUAAUUCCUGGUGAAAAUUCUUAUGAAAAUUAAAAUUCUGUCAUUUUUAUUCAGUCACUGUUCAUUUUCAUUGCAUCUUUUAUCCAUACAAUAAGAAGUGAAUGGUGACUGUGGCUAACAUUGUGCCUAGAGUCUUCUUCUGUGUUCCACAGAAGUCAGUCAGUCACACUGGAAAAACAUGAGGGUGAGUAAAUGAUUUUUGGGUAAACUAUCCUUUUAAGGGUGCAAACUGAUCAGCAGUGUUAAGUUCUGAUUGUGUCUGUCAGCAAUUGCUCAAUCUAGAGGCGGUGACAGAGGUAUGGGGGUGGGGCUCUUUGGUGACAGCUUGUCUCUAUAAAUAACCCCAGCGGGUGGAGACAGAGAGCCGAAACCAUGCGGUGAGACCCUGCCGUGCGCGCCACACUGCCCUGUCAGCCAAUCGGAGGCGACAAGAAGACCCACUAUCACAAGAGUGAGGGCACGUGAUGCCAACGUGUGGCCACCCGCCUUACCAAGUGUCAGCUUGGCCUACUUUCCUCAUCUUGGGCCAAAAGGAGAAUGUAGAUCAGGUGACGGUGGGUGAAGGUGGUACAGAUAAAUGAUUAAGUUGAGCCUUUAACCGCAUCUUCAGUUACUUGAUGUUCGGCUUGUGGUGUCCACACAUCAGUUUCAAGCAGGACAGAUAGUCCGUCAUGCGAGAGAUAAGGUGAAGAGUUAGUAUGUACUGCGGCACAUGUACAUGCAUAUGUAAACAUACUAAUAAAGCACCCAGGUGCUCCAAAGAUGAGGUGCUACUUAAAGGAAUAGUUCAGGGAUAGUUGGGUCAUGAUUAAUUUGAUGUCAUGAGCUAAUUUUAGUGACCAUUCCACGACUGUCAUAAAGCAUCAUGCAAGAUUUGUUUCAAGAGGAGAGAGUACUUCUGACUUGGCGAACAGCUUGUGUUGACCCUACAUCUACAUCUUUUAACAGUCUGUGCAAAUACAUGCACAGUUAUUAUCGAGCUAAAGCGGGUUUUUGCAUAGUCGAGCUACAGUCUUUAUCUGUCUGUCCAGGUAUACCUGACAAUGCAUAAUUUAAUAUUUGAAAGAAGGAGUAAAUACACAUUGCGAGUCACCUUUGUAUUUCGGAGCAUGCGCAUAAUGGCGAGGCCAAUUGUGAUCCGAUUAACUUGUUAAAAACUUGUAGCCGAGCUACAAUUGUAUUAUCUAGGUCUGUCAGUGAGUCUGACUUUGCUAAACUUGGACCAAAUCAAUCGGACUAAAGCGUUUACAUUACUUUUUAAAAAGACAAAUAAUUGUUUAAGUCAAACUGAAUUCAACCUUUUAAAGUGCAUGUUAACGUACUUAGUGCUUGUAUUAGAAUCGGACCUGCUACCCAACCUACAUAUGAUUGGAUGGAGUGGCGUAGCACUGUAGGGUAAAGAUUAUGACUAAUAUUUUAACGGUUGCAGGGUUGAAUCUUACAAGGACCGAUCUAUGUGUCAUCACACUGUGCCCUUGAGCAAGGCGUUUAUGGUGUUGCAUUGUAUGAAAGUCAUGCAAACUAAUACCACAAGCCCUGACUGUGUGGUGAUAAAUGAAGACUCUAGUUCCUUGGUAACAGAGUGAGAAAAGAGCCCUCACAUACUCAGCAGAAUGUGAGUGAAAGUGCUAUUUAUGUUGGCUUGACUGUUAUUCUGCAGAAUUGGUUAAGGUUUUUUGUUUGUUUUUUUAAAUCGCUAAAACAAUACCAAAGAUUCUAACACAAAAUCCUCCUAGAGUUUUCAAGCUACAUCCACCAAACUUGGUACAGACCUUCAGACUUAUCUGACUUAAUGAGCGGUAUGUUUUUUAACUGAUCGGACUUAUGGUUUUCGCACAGCGGAUGAUCCAAAAAAUCCCAACUUACAUUGACGGAAUUUUCAAAUGAGCCAAUGGACUGUCAAAAAUUCAAAUGUAAACAAACCCACACAUGGCCUUAUAUCUGCUUUAAGUUGCUCUCUCUCUGUCGGUCGGUCUGUCAUCCGACCAUUGGGCCUGUAAAACCUUGUCACUUGUAAAACUAUUUCAACUUUCAGACAAGAUUUUGUCAAGCCAACAUCAAAGUGUUUCUUUGUGGUGGUGGCGUAGUUGGCUAAAGCACAUAACUGGUAAUCAGAAGGUUGCUGGUUCAAUCCCCACAGCCAUCACCAUUGUGUCCUUGAGCAAGGCACUUAACUCCAGGUUGCUCCAGGGGGAUUGGCCCUGUAAUCAGUGCACUCCUUUUGCACAAUGGUGUUGUCUUCAACCGAAAGACAUCUCCAAGAUGCCGGAGAGCGCGUGGAAGCUGGUCUUCUACACAAUGUCGUGGUCAUAUAGCACCUAUCUUCUGUUUUUCUCCAACUAUUCAUUCUUCCAAAAUCCUCCCUCUGUUUUUUACGACUGGAAGAGGGGGAUGCCGGUUCCCACAGAUAUCGCUAUAGCAUACCUGGUCCAGGGCAGCUUCUACGGCCAUUCCAUAUACGCCACCAUCUACAUGGACGUGUGGAGAAAGGACUCCCUCGUCAUGGUGGUGCAUCACUUCAUCACGCUGGCCCUUAUCACGUUCUCCUAUGCCUUCAGAUACCACAACAUUGGCAUCCUAGUCCUUUUUCUUCAUGACAUCAAUGACAUUCAGCUGGAGUUCACCAAACUCAACGUCUACUUCAAGACCCGGGGCGGAAAAGACCACUUCAUCAAUGACGUCCUGUCCAACAUGGGUGCUGUUAGCUUUAGCAUCACCUGGUUUUGGUUCCGUUUGUACUGGUUCCCACUCAAAGUGCUGUGGGCCUCAUGUGUUACCAGCAUCCAGUCUGUUCCCCACAUCCCUUUCUACUUCUUCUUCAACACGCUGCUCUUCAUCCUGCUCAUCAUGAACAUCUACUGGUUCCUGUUCAUCGUGCUGUUUGUGGUGAAGGUCCUAACAGGCCAGAUGACGGAGGUAAACGACGUCCGAGAAUAUGAGGAAGACAUGCAAAUGGAGAGGAAGGACGCUGAUCAGAACUCUGCUGAAGGGAAACACUUGCAGAACGGAACUAAGAAGAAACAUCUAUAACAUCUCAGUGCCGCCACCUGCAGGCAAUGAUUACAAGGUAAUAGGUGACCUAGUUUGAUUCCGACCUCAGAACGUCACGGUGAUUGGACAGUCAUGAAGAGAACGACAAGAAGAAACAAAUCGACAAUGAUCAGUUUUAUUUCUGUUGGGUUUUUUUUAUCACUGUAAUUAUAAUUGAUAUUGUUAUUACAGCACUGUGAAUGUUAUUUGGUGUUCUUUGUCUUAUAUAUUGCUUUGUAGAAUGUGGGAUUGUUAAAUUCCUGCUGGAAAAUCAAGCUUAAGAUGGUAGCUGGUUUCUAGAUGGUCCAAGCUGGUCCAUAUCUGAUCGACCAGCUACCAUGUUCCAAAAACCAGCUUGACAACCAUGGUCCAAGAUGGUCUCCCAGCUUGGACCAUCUAGAAACCAGCUUCCACGUUCCAAAACACAGCUACCAGCUUAAGCUGGCUUUCCAGCAGGGAAUUUAGGAAGUUGUCAAGAACCUACAGGUGGUAGGAGUGACCGUGAUAUCACCACCCGAGAACAUGUUUGAAACCAGUAGAACACACAAUAAUCAGGUUUUGUGGUCUUCAUCAGGGACCGCAGUAUGUUUGAUUAGAAUAAGACUUUUUUGGUUGUUUUGUGUAUUUAUUUUAAUUCCAGGAUUGAAAGUGUUGUAAAGGGAAAGGGUUGGUAAUUAUUCUGUCGUAGCAAGUACUAGUGCAUGAACCAGCUGGCUUGUUUUUUUAAUAUGUACUAACUUAAAGCCUACACAGGUUACAGCCACCCAAACAGCCUGACCUGUGUCAAUCAAUCAAAGACACAUUUGUACAGUAUUACCAUGUUUGAAUGUAUGUGACUUAAAGGGGAUUGCUUUUAAUGUUUGGAUUCCAAUAACUGUCUGAAAAUACUGCUUGCAUUCCUUAUGUAAAAAACGAAUGGUCUGUUUACUUUUCCAAAAGCAUCUGUUUCUGCAAUGAUGGCAUCAAAGCUAGCUACUUAGUGGCUAGAGAUUAUUUGUAUCCAGAACUCUUUGAUCAUGGAAACCAAUUGAGUUUGUUAACAUAGAGAUACACAAAUUAAUCCAACCUGCUGAAGUAUUUAUGCAGAUGCUGUAUUAAGGAACGCAUGACCCCUUUGAGAACUUUUCAAUAUGCUGUAUGAAGAAAAUCUAAAGACAAAGUGGAACUGAUAUUAUCUGUCGUACUCUGUUGACCACUCCACGAAAAUUGCAAUGUAUACUUGAAAUGUUGAUUAGCCUGCUGUAUCAUGUGCAAAUGUGCACAUCAACAUUUCUUUUGAAAGCUGAGAAAUUUGCGUUCAGGUGGAAUCGCGCACAAGUGCGGAUGAGAUCCGUCUGUCAUUGUGGUGACGUCUUCCGUUCAAAGCUAGCUUGCGCCAAGAGUUAGCGAUUUGCGAAUUUAGUUGUUUAGUCUCAACGUUUUGUUUUGGGAUUUUCAUUUAGGCAUUGUUUAGCAAUUCGAAUUGCUGCUGUUUUAAAGGGUUUUUUUUCUUAAACCGAAAACUUCCUAUAAAUGCACUGUUAAUUAUUUAUACACAUUAUGUCUACAUGGGUACUGUCGAAAGAGUAUAGUCAGGCCGUCUAUGGUUUUCUUACCCAGCUUGGUCGAAUUACUGGAAUUGCAGUAAAACGCGGUCGUGGCUAGAUGGUAACCUUCGUUCCGUUAAACUUUGUGAGAUUUAUAAACUGCGCUUUAUCAUAGUAAACUGCGCUUUAUCAUAGUUCCCCAGACACAAUCAUCGCUCUUCCCCAAAACCGAACCUUGGUUUUUCACUGAACGAGGGUUACCACCACCACCACCACCAUCUAAUCGUUAAACGGCACACUCAAUUUAUUUUCUUUAUGAAAAAAUGUCCUUAGAAAAUCCCGGAAUUUUUUGCGCUAUAUUUUAUUUUAUUUUAAAAUUGUUUGCGUACUUUUUUUUCCAUUUAACAAGGCUCCAUCUGAUAAGAAUUUAAGUGUGUCGAGUGGAAAUAAUUGUGUUGUGUUGAGAAUUUUCAGAGUGCUGAUACUCUAGAAACGUGCCAAAAAUUCUGAACCGCAGGCGAGCGUUACGCCGUUAAGUAAUUUAGAGUUUGAAAUGUCCAGAGAAAUUGCGUGGGGUAUGUUAUUAUAAAUCUGGGGUUAUCCCAAUGUUAUUUAAAUUAAAUUGCACUGUAAUUUCUUACUAUUGUUGCUAUUGUUCUGCAUAAAAGAUUUUAAAAAAAAAUAGUGGAUGCUGGGGAAUUUUUACAGAUUACUUUUAACAUGGACAAAAUAAGUCAUUAUAAACACUUGUUUUGACACUUGUUUAUCUUGGACCAUUUAUUUAUUGCAGGAUUUGUUUUAGUUGAUUUCGGUCUAACCACUAGGAGUGUGACAGGUAUUUUGUCUUUUGUAAUGGAACAAUUUUAAUAAAACCAGUUGAAUUAGUGAACUGA